AUGCCAGAAAAUGACGAGGUACAGGCACAGACCGAUGACCUGGAGGACGAGUACUACGUGGAGCUCGCUUCGAAACUGCCCAUGUCAUCGGAAGAGCAGGUGCGCCUCGUGGAAGACAAACUUUCACAAAAGAAUAAGUUGCGGCUAAUAUUGAAGUCAAAGAACGCAAAAGGCGGUGUGGACGGCGUACUGCGUGGUAUGUUUUCAGACGAUCUAAUGUACCACUACAAUUUAGAGGGGCGCAAGAAAAGGGAAUCCAUACUAAAGCUAAAAUGCGUAGGGUUUGGUUUUGAUAUAUUUGCUGACAAGAAUAAAAACACUAUCUGUGGGGAGCUCCAGAGAUUUGUGGCCUUAAGCCACAAUC